AUGGCCACCAACCACAGCUACACGUCCGAGGAUGAGGCUCACGCCGCCACACAGCUCGCCACGCUCCGCGGCAGCGGAGACGUCGCGCCCUUGACCUUUGGGUCCGCCGCCGCUGCCUCGCGCCCCGCUCCUGCGACCAGCGCCGCCACCGCCUCUGCCACAGCUGCGCCACCGACCUCAUCAUCUCCGUACUCCAUCGAAGCGGGUCCCUCGCAGUCCAAGCAGUUCAAGGCGGAAAAGACUGACAAGCUGCCUCGCAAGAACUCCACCGCCUCAUCACCGUCCAAGCCACGUCCGGACAAGACCGCCGACGAUGCGGCCGACGCCAAGCACUGCAAGAAGCGCCGCAGGGUCGUCGUGGCAUGCGACACCUGCCGCCGCAAGAAGGUCAAGUGCGAGGGGCUACCCAACCCGACCAACACCUGCAUCAACUGCAACGCCUACAACUACCGGUGCACCUUCUCCAGCGAGCCGGACCGGUCGCGCGGAAAGUACGAGAUUCUCGAGAGCAAGGUCGAGACGCUCCUCAGCGCGCUCCGCUCGGUCGCCCCGCACAUCGCAGAGCAGUUUGAGAGGGGCGAGCUCACCAUCACGGGCCCCAGCGGUGGCAGCGCGCCUCCGCAGAACGCGACGGGCUGGCGCAGCCUUCACAGCGCGCCGGACGGCGAGUACGACGAGCUGAACGGCGGCGGUGCCGGAGGAGGCAAUGACGCCGAUGCAACGGGCUCGGACCGCGCUGAGCGGGGCAACGAUGGCCAAGGGCGGGGAGGGCGGCAGGGCUCCGAGCAUCCGGGAUCGCUGUCGGGCGAGGACGCGGCUGCCGCAUCCGCCGCCGCUGCCGCCGCCGCCAGGAAAGAGAAUGAUCGCGACGCCCUCAUCCCGGACGUCGAGGAAGGCCGGCCGCGGUACUUUGGACACUCGUCGACGUUCUCGCUGUUCCACUCGCUACCGGCCGGCAAGCACAGCCGGCCGCCGAGUCCGGGCAGCGCGCUUCCGCGUCCACGGCAUCCGGGCACUCGACCGCAGAUCUUUGACAGCUACGAGGCCAGCACGGCGCGCGCGCGUACGUCGGACGAAGCAGGCGGCGGCGCUGGCGGCAGUGGCGACGGCAAGAGCGUCCGCUUCUCCAAGGAGGCGCCGCGGCCGCUGCAUCCGACCAAUUCCAAAGAGUGGAUCCAGCUUCUGAGGCGCAAGAACACGGUCGCCGUCGGCAGAGACGACCUCAAUACCGAGGAGUGGCUCACGCGCUACACGCUACCCGCCGCUGACCUCGUCGCCGAUCUGCUGAAGCUCUAUUUCGAGCGGCUCCAUCCGCUGAUGCCCAUCGUCCACCGCCCCUCGCUCGAGCGUGACAUUGCCACGGGCCGUGCCGACAAGGAUGUCGCCUUUCGAGGCAUGGUCUUCACGCUGCUGACAAUCGCCUCGCGCCACUCCAAUGACCCGCGCGUCUAUGCGGACCCCAAUGACCCAGAUACGGCCGGCGACCACUUUGCCGCAGCGAGCCGCCUCUACCACCAGGUCUACGCCGCCAGCCUGACCAACGUCCAGGUCAUGAUCCUCACGGCGACCUUUAUGCACGGCGCCAUCGGCCCGGGCGCCAGCUGGACGGUGCUCGGCGUGGCCAUCCGCGCGCUCCACGACAUUGGCCUGCACCAGGAGCGCGCCUACCGCGGCUUUACUCCGUUCGACCAGGAGAUCCGGCGCCGUGCGUUUUGGGGCGCCAUGAUCCUCGACGGCAUCUUUUCGAUCAACAUGGGCCGCCCGCCGGGGCUGAGGCUCGAGGACUGCGACGUGCGCAUGCCCCUCGACAUCGACGACGACACGCUGGCACAAUUCGAGGACGGCGGGCCCAUUGUCGUCACCCAGCCGCCCGAGGGCCCGACGAUCACCUCGGGCUUCAUCCACAUGAUCAAGCUCAACAUUCUGGCAAAGGACAUUGUCAGCAUCCUGUACACGCAGCGGUGGCGCGGCGAGGCCGGCAGGAAGCCGCCGCACAACGUGACCCGGCACGCGCCCGACUACAAGGACAUGGCGCAGCUGUCCAAGCGGCUCGACCAGUGGGUCGCCGACACGCCCGAGCACCUGCGCACCCUCGACAGCCCCUACAAGCUGCAGGCGGGCCUGGUGCAGUGCGGCACCCACGACAUCCGGCUCUACAUCCUCAAGCCCUUCCUCGACCACGCGGCGCUCAAAAAGAUCCUCCACCCGCAGUGCUCGCACCACGCGCGCGAGUGCCUCAAGGUCGUCCUCGAGCUUUACGAGGGCGGCCACGUCACCGACCUCGUCUUUAUCUUCCAGCAGGCGCUGAUGAGCACGGCGACGUUCAUGAUCACCGUGUGGCACGAGUGCCGCGACGUCGACCGGCUGGCCGAGGACAACGACCUGAUCGAGGCGACGCUGCGCACGUUUGGGUCAUUUGACGACCGCUUCUUUUCCAAAAUCUUCCGCCGCGCCCACCGCAUCCUGCGCAACGUGGCCACACGGACCAUCCACACCAUGAACUCGGACCAGCGCGAGCGGUCGCCGGCGCGGGGCAGCACCGACUACGGCACCCCGGCCGGUGGGUCGAUCAACGGUCUCGGCGGGUAUGGGCCCAUGGACGGCGGAGGGGAUGCGGCCAUGUCUUCGUCGUCGAUCAACGACGGCCACGGCGGCAUGGCGGCCAUGCAGCCGCAGUCUGCCCCGUCUUGGACGACAAACUCUGCGACCGCCACCAGCGGUGCCUCCAACGGCCACAGCCACGGUCACGGCCACGUCGGUGUCGGUGGCGGCGUCGAUGGCAACGGUGGUGCCGGUCUGCAUCCGGUCCCGUACGCCGACUCCCGUGGCAUCCUGCCCCUCUUUACCCCUGCGCCCGAGGACGUGAGGUCGACGACGCACCAGCUCGAGGAUCUGACGUGGACCGACUACUUUUCCAAGUUCCUCGACGACAUCGGCGACGUCAGCCAGGCCGACGGCGCGAUCCCGCCCGCCGUCGCCGCUGUGGGUUCUGGCCAGCACGCUGCCGGGAUGAUGCCGGAACUGCCAUUUGGGCUUGCGACGCCCGGUUCUUCAGUCUCGGUAGCCGGAGGAGGAGGAGGCGGAGGCGGUACCGGCACCGGCACCGGCGGAGGGGUAGGGGGCGGCACACCUCGUCGAUACGCCAUGUGA